CUAGUCUGCUACCUUUUUCUUUUGACGCCAAGCUCUGUUUAUUCUUCGUUUCUUGCUUCUAAUUCCGGUAAUGCUGUUACCUAUUCGCCCGUGUAGUUCCGGAGUAUUAUACGCACUGUAUACACUGUACUAUACACUGUGAUCUUGAGGUCCCUCAUUCGCUCAUCAGUUCCUUGCAAGCAGUUGCUAGUACUCGUCCGUUUCAUUAGUGGUCGUCGCAUGCUCGUACCAAACACAGUCCAACUUCCAACAGAGCAACGCCUUGACACCUGGGGAGUUCUCAAGUGUCUGAGAGACUGGGAACAGAAUCGCAGCCAUGGCGAACUAUGAAGCGGCGAGAAUCAACCACGACAACCACCUGCUUCUUGACCAACCUUGCCUGCGUCUUCCAUAUGAACUUCUUCGCCAGAAUUUCCGCUCUUUCCACGUCCCCUUUGAUAAGAGUUCGAAUGCCGUAAAGGACUUACUGAAAGAGACAGCUAAUGGCUCGCUCAACGGCAAGACGUCCCCCCAAGAUGUCGUCAAAAACCUCGAUCAAAUGCUGGCCAAGAUGCGCGGACUGAAACGGAAGUUGACGACCGCCGCCGAAGAGGAGGAUCGUAUAUACCGCCAGUUGAACGCACGUAUAGCCCACCUGCGCGAGCUUGCCAGCUUGGACACGGUUGACGAUGUCAAAUACGAGGGCUGGUCCCGGCAGCGGCUUGACCGCCUCCUGGUCGACUACAUGCUCCGCCACGGCUACGACUCGUCGGCAAUAGCGCUGGCAGACGAGAGACAAAUGAAGGAUCUAGUCGACAUCGAAACCUUUGUGACUAUGAGCAAGAUUCGCAAGUCACUCCAAGGCGGCGAGGUCCAGGAGGCUCUGGCAUGGUGCAAUGAGAACAAGAAGGAGCUCCGCAGAAUGCAGUCCAGCUUAGAGUUCAUGCUCCGCUGCCAGCAAUACAUCGACAUGAUGCGCAGCGGGCCACAAGCCAAAAUGCUCGCUAUCAACCACGCCAGGAAGUACAUCUACCCGUACGCCGACACUCACCCCGAGGAAGUAAGGAAUAUGGCAGGGCUGUUGGCGUACAUGCCAGAUACGGACAUCGAGCCGUACGCCUCGCUCUACAGUCCCUCUCGGUGGGAAAAGCUCGCGGUAACGUUCGUCGAGGCUUACCUGAAGCUCCUCAACCUCCCCAUGACGCCUCUCCUGCACGUCGCCCUCUCCUCGGGCCUCUCGGCCCUCAAGACACCGGCCUGCCACAGCAACCGGCAGACUCAGGUACAGGCGCGAGACAAAGAUCAACCGGCAAAUGGCACCGUCACCUCAACAUCAACAACAUCGUCGUCGUCGUCAUCGGCAUCAUCAUCAACAUCAGCACAGCCAAACCAAGCACAUCACACCCACUACCACCCUCACGGCACGGCCUCCCUGACGACGCGCGUCUGUCCGAUCUGCUCGACCGAGCUCAACGCGCUUGCCCGGCACGUGCGCUACGCCCACCACAGCAAGAGCCGGCUGCUCGAGCAAAACCUGAUGCUGCUGCCCAACGGGCGGCUGUACGGCAAGGAGCGCCUGGAAGAGUACGCCGCCAAGUCUGGACUGGCACCGGGUAAGGUGAAGGAUCUCGUGACCGGGGAGGUGUACUCUACCGACGAGUUGAGGAAGGUGUUCGUCACUUGAUGUCGUCACUCAAUCAUACUGGGUAAUGCAUCACAUCACGUAUAUGGAUGGCGGGAGCGGAAAUGGGUAGUGGGAUAACGACAGCGCCGGGGGGGCGGUGCAUGUCCAGGCGUUUUGGGCGGUCUUAGCCUUGUUAUUUCCAUCGUACGGUUUGGAUCAUAUGCACGGAUAGCGGGAAGGGGGGUCGGUCGGCUUAGGCAGGGAUACGCGUUCGGGACGCGUGAGGGUUCCCAACUCGACUUCAGCAUUAAAAUAACAGCGUCUGCAGAGAGACUGGCGAGCUCAAGAUUGGUGUUAAGCAGCACAAUAAUGCAAACAGAGAGCGCAUGCCACUCAUGCGCGGAUGAUACUGGAUCAUGUGUCAUCACAGCUCGAAUCAUCAACAGUUAACCCGGCUACCAAU